UUUGUUCUUUUAAUGAGAAUAGCCGAAUUGCCCUUGCAAAAUGGAAACUAAAGAUGUUAUAACUUUUCAUCAGUGUCUUGUAUGUAAUGCGAUUUUUCAACAAUAUAAUGAUUUAGAGCUACACAAUAAGAUACAUGUUAAAGAAGAGAAAACUAAUGAUGUACAUGUAGAUGAAUAUUGUCAUGUCAAAGAAGAGAAAACUGACGAUGUAGAUGAAUAUUGUUGUGUUAAGGAAGAGAAAACCGAAUAUAUUGAAACUGUUUAUCAGUGUAAAUUGUGUGAUGAGAAAUUUAAAUCUGAGACCGAUUUAGAAAAACAUUGUAAAAAACACGAAGUAGAAGAGAACGUAGGAAAUAUUUUACAGCGAUUUCAAGAGGAGAAAAAGUUACAAGACCAGAUAUGUUUUAAAUGUGAUGUUUGUGGCUCAACAUUUAAUUCACAAAGUCAAUUUCAAAAACAUGUGAGAAUACACACUGGCGAGAAACCUUUUAAAUGCGAUGUUUGUGGUAAAUCAUUUAAUCAAAGAGGCUCUUUUGAGAUGCACAUGAGAAUACAUACAGGUGAAAAACCAUUCAGAUGCGAUGUUUGUGGGAAAUCGUUCAAACAGAAAGGAUAUAUUGAGCGGCACAUGAGAAUUCAUACAGGUGAAAGACCUUAUGAGUGUGGAGAAUGUGGGAAAUCAUUCGGUGACGCAGGGAAUGUUCAGCAACAUUUGAGAACUCAUACAGGGGAAAAACCCUUUAAAUGUGAUGUUUGUGGUAAAUCAUUUAGUCGAUUUGAAAUUUUACAGCUACACAUGACAACUCAUACAGAUAAAAAACCCUUCAAAUGUGAUAUUUGUGGGAGAUGUUACAAACGGAAAAGUUGUCUUGAUGUACACAGAAGCAUUCAUACUGUAGACAUAGUAAAGGCUUUUAAAUGUGAUAUUUGUGAUAAAUCAUUUACCUUUAAGUCUAAUCUGCAUAGACACACAAAACUUCACACUAAAAUAUGAAUUCAGGCCAGUGAGAAACAUUUAAAUGUGAUUAUUUUCUAGGUUGAAGAAUCUUCAAGAACAUACAUGUAUAAGAUUUCAUGAAAAAGUAUUUAAAUAUGAUGUUUGUGGUAAUUCAUUUUCUGAGAGUCAUCACCAACAGCAACAUGCAGGAACUCAUGUUCUUCCUGUAAUAGGCUUAUUACCCUGCCUUGCUAUGUUUCAUUCAACUAUUUUUUAUGAGAUGAAAAACCAAGGUGUUGUGUACAUAUUACACGUAGCAUCUACGUGAAAAAUAUUAUUAAUGUUUCCUGCUCUGUACUGUUUUGUCCAUUUUACAAAACAAUUGUAACAUAUGUG